AUGCGUGCUUCUCUUGUGAACCAGCUGCGUGUGCUUGUGCCGAUCAAGCGCACGAUUGACUAUGCUGUCAAGAUCCGUGUCGCCUCGGACGGCAAGGGUGUGGACACCAACGUGCAGCACUCGAUGAACCCCUUCGACGAGAUUGCUGUCGAAGAGGCUGUGCGUCUGCGUGAGCGCCACAAGGGUGUUGUCAACAAGAUCACUGUCGUGACUGCCGGCCCCACCAAGUCGCAGGAUGUACUGCGCACUGCCCUGGCGAUGGGUGCUGAUGAUGCGAUCCAUGUGGAUAUCCCCGAUAAGUCGCUCCCUGGUCCUCUUGAGCCGCUGGGCGUCUCCAAGAUCCUUAAAACGAUCGUCGACAAGGCCGAGGGCGAUGACGAGGUCGGCCUCGUGAUCCUCGGUAAGCAGGCGAUCGACGACGAUGCCUCGCAGACCGGCCAGAUGCUUGCUGGGCUGCUCAACUGGCCCCAGGCUACGUUCGCCUCGAAGGUAGAGCUCGAAGGCAAGGGCGAGAAGGGCGACAAGGUCAAGGUCACCCGUGAGGUUGACGGCGGUCUCGCUGUGGUCGAGAGCCAGAUCCCCAUGGUCGUGACCACCGACCUGCGUCUCAACGAGCCUCGCUACGCUUCGCUGCCCAACAUCAUGAAGGCCAAGAAGAAGCCCAUGCAGAAGCUCAAGGUCUCGGACCUCGGCCUCGAGAAGGACAUCCAGCCCAGGAGCGAGAUCCUCAAGGUCGCUGACCCGCCCAAGCGCGAGGGUGGUGCCAAGGUCGAGAACGUCGACGAGCUCAUUGCCAAGCUCAAGGAGGCUGGCCGCAUCUAA